AUGGAUCUGGGCGACGCCGAAAGCUCGCCGUGGGGCGAUGUGCCCUCGCAGUCGAGCCCUGGGCUCGGUGCUUCCAAGCAACUUGGGCACGACGAAGGCCGCGAAACAGACUCGCCUGCACCCGCCGCGACGCUCGCCGCCGAUGCUGCCGCCCCUUCGGCUUCGUCUGCACCGCGCUCGCCUGCUGGCCGCGGCCCGAGGCGGCGUCCUCACGGCGUGCAGUCGACCAAGCUCGAGGCCGUCGAGGAUCCUCUGGGCCCGCUGGGAGCCUCAACACCAGACUCAGGCCCCGAGCCCGCCGUCGCUGCUCCCCCCGCCCCGCCCCAGAAGGAGGCCGCUGCGCGCACCAGCCGCGCGCCAGGGGCCGCCUCGACGCCCUCGCUGCGUGGCAUGAUGGACUCGGUCGACCUCGACGACAACGACGACGACCAGCUGCGCUCCUCGCAAGGCGCCCGCAUACCGCCCCCCGUCCAGGCGCCCUCGCACCCCGCCCCCCAGCGCCAGACACAGCCCAGCGUCAGCGUCGAGCAGGCCGCGAAGCCCUCGUUCUCCAUCUCGGUCGGCGACCCCCACAAGGUGGGCGACCUGACGAGCUCCCACACCGAGUACUCGGUCACGACCAAGACGACGUCCAAGGGCUACCGCAACCCCGAGUUUACCGUCUCGCGCCGCUACCGCGACUUUCUCUGGCUGUACAACCAGCUGCACAACAACAAUCCCGGUGUCAUUAUCCCCCCGCCCCCGGAGAAGCAGGCCGUGGGCCGCUUCGAUGCCGACUUUGUCGAGUCUCGCCGCGCCGCCCUCGAGCGCAUGCUCAACAAGUCAGCCGCCCACCCGGUGCUGCAGCAUGACGGCGACCUGAAGCUGUUCCUCGAGAGCGAGGCUUUCAACAUGGACAUCAAGAACAAGGAGCGCAAAGAUCCGGGCCUGGGCGAGAACAAGGGCAUGUUUGGCUCCAUGCUUGGCAGCAGCAGCGGCAAGUUUGUCGAGCACGACGAUUGGUUCCACGACCGCAGAAUCUACCUCGAUGCGCUCGAAGCACAGCUCAAGGCACUUCUCAAGGCAACCGACACGGUAGUCUCGCAGCGAAAAGGCCUGGCUGAAGCCUGUGGCGAUUUUUCGGCUUCCCUGCACUCGCUGUCUGCAGUUGAGUUGUCGCCUGCCCUGUCUGGCCCCCUCGACAGCCUGUCCGACAUACAAAUCCGCAUCCGUGAACUCUAUGAACGCCAAGCGCAGCAGGAUGUUCUCACCAUGGGCAUUGUCAUUGAUGAGUACAUUCGCCUCAUAGGAUCUGUGAAGACUGCAUUCCAACAGCGACAAAAGGCCUACCACUCAUGGCAUUCUGCCGAACAAGAACUGCAGAAGCGAAAGGCGACUCAGGAUAAGCUUCUGAGACAAGGCCGCUCCCAGCAAGAUCGCCUCAACCAACUCAGUGCAGACGUUGCCGAUGCCGAACGCAAGGUGCAUCAGGCGAGGUUACUCUUUGACGACAUGGGCCGACUGAUGCGCAGUGAGCUGGAGCGUUUUGAGAGAGAAAAGGUCGAGGACUUUAAAUCAGGCGUCGAGACAUUCCUGGAGAGUGCUGUUGAGGCACAAAAGGAGCUUAUUGAGAUCUGGGAGACAUUCCUGAUGCAACUGGAUACUGAUGAAGGAGAAAUGUUUGCUCCGCCAGCGGGUAUCGUUGUAUCCUCCAACGACCAGACAUCCAACAACACAUCUGCCGCCCACCAGGAAUCCGAGGGCUACUACAUUGCCACAUCGACAUUCGAAUGGUUUCCAGGCGUGCAGAUCCAUCACUCCAAGGACUUGGCCAACUGGGACCUCGGCAUCAGGAUGCAGCAAUGGGACGAAAAGACGGAGAAGCUCGUCGGCCCCUGGAAAACAAUCUUCCCCGGCUCAGAUCUCGGGCUCGUCGAGGGCCCCCACUUGUGCAAGCGGAAUGGCUGGUACUAUCUUUUGACGGCCGAGGGAGGCACCGCAUACGGACAUGCGUGUACGUUUGCUCGCUCGCGCGAUAUCUGGGGCCCGUAUGAGCUGCAUCCGCAGAAAUUCAUCAUUACGUCCAAAGAUGCGCCGCUGGCGGCUCUGCAACGAGCAGGCCAUGGCGAUAUCGUCGACACGCCAGACGGCAGGACGUACGUGGUUCACUUGACCGGCCGCCCGACUACACAGGCACGGCGCUGUGUUCUUGGGCGCGAGACAGCCAUCCAAGAAGCAUACUGGGACAAGGACGACUGGCUAUACGUCAAGAACGGACCUAUCCCAUCUCUGUACGUCGAUCUCCCAGCAGAGCGCGACGACACGGCAUACUGGGCCCCCCAGCACUACGACUUCACCAGCACCGACACGCUGCACAAGGACUUCCAAUGGCUGCGGACACCCGAGCCCGAACGCAUUUUUCGCUUCAGCAAAAGCGGGCUGGAGCUCACAGGACGCGAGUCCAUCGGCUCGUGGUUUGAGCAAGCGCUCGUCGCACGCCGCCAGACGCAUUUCUCCUACGACGCCGAGACAGUCGUAAACUUCCGUCCGGACGACGAACGCACCUUUGCCGGCCUCACCGCGUACUACUGCCGCUUCAACUUCUUCUACCUGGCCGUCACAGCGCAUUCCGACGGCCAGCGCGAACUACUACUCAUGAGCUCCGAGGCCUCGUGGCCCGACGGCAAUCUCAAAAUGCCGUUUCCGGACCCAGUGCAGAUACCGCAGGAGGGCAAAGUCCGGCUUGCACUCAGCAUACGCGGCGCGGCGCUGCAAUUCAAGUACGCGCUUGAGAGCGACACGGAGCUCAAGGAUAUCGGGCCCGUGUACGACGCAUCGAUUCUGAGUGAUGAGUGUGGAGGACAUCAAGCCCACGGCAGUUUUACAGGCGCUUUUGUAGGCGUCGCGGCGUCGGAUAUGAAUGGCACGGAGAAGAUGGCCACGUUUGAUUAUUUUACCUACACGCCUGUGCAUCAUAGCUCGGAUCGGUAUGAUGUGUAA